UUUUCUAAAGCUUGUGGACCAUAUGAUGUAUCACGUUGUUUGUUUCAUUAUGAGAAAGACGCGUUAUACAAUUAUUGCUGCUAUGCUGUGAUCUUCUUCUUCUCCCACCCUUACUAGACGUUUACACGAAAAGUAGAGAGCCAAUUAAGACGUGGCUCGUGAGAUUUCUUUAAUUUGGUUGGUUUUCAUCAAUAGCAUGAGUGGAAGAUUGAAACUAGCCGCAAAGACUCGCACAAAAGCGGGUCAAUGGGGGAAGAUGUAUAGGAAAUUCUAGCACCUCCGUGGAGUCUUUGGAUGAGGACCUGUGGUGGUAUGAAUGAAUUUUCCAAUGCACAGACCAUGUUUGGGGUACCCAUGCAUGUAUCCUUGCUUUAAAUCUCGGCCUGCUUUUACUAGUGUUCUUCUUCCAUUUCCAAUUUGAAGGUUAACCACCGUGCUAAAGCAAUUUUGGGAAUUUUGGGAUGGCUUCUGUCUCCAAGUCGUCUGUUUUCUUUCUGCUCUCGUACCUCGUGCUGCUUUGCUCGGCUAAAGAUGACAAUAAAGAAUGUACGAAGGAGUUUGAUUGUGGAAGACUGGGCAAGCUCCACUUCCCAUUAUUCUCCAAUACCUCAAACCCAGAUUGCGGCUUAUUCAUAAAAGAUUGCGACACAAAUACUCCGAAGAUCCAACUUGGAGUUGGGGGCAGUGAAAGAUCAUAUGAAUUUGUACGCUUCUCGCCGCCAAAUGUCAUAUUUAAACUGCUUCCCGGCAAAUGCGAUUCCCUAACCAAUUUGAGUCUUCCCAGCUUUCCAUCCUUCCCUCUUGAGAUCCCCACACAAAAUCGGACCCUGUAUAAAUGCAAACAAAACCACAAUAUUUCUCGCCUACCAGAAAGUUUUAAAAGUCUUGGCUGCAAUAAUAAUGAGUAUGAAAUCUGGCAUAGUCUUUCACGGGAGAGGCUUCCGGAUGCUUCUAAAUGUUCAAUUAUUCAGCUCCCAAUAGGCGAUGAAGGCUUGUUAAAACCCUUUGAGUUCGUACUUCAAGUGCGUUGGUCUAAGGAUUGUUUGGAGUGCCAUAGAGGAGGUGGUCAUUGUUGGCCUCGCAACGGUACUGUUCAUUGUGACAAAGAGAAGAAAAGGAAAUGGGUGAUACCAUUAAUAGCUGUUGGAUGCUCAGUCCUCUUGAUCUCGAUUUGCUUGGGCGUUACUAUCUGGAGCUGUUACAAGAAAAAGCAUGCUUCUUCUAACUUGUUGGCGAGGGCUAUCACAUACUCAAGAUCAGACCUGGAAGGGGGGAGUGUCUACUUUGGAGUGCCUCUUUUCUCCUACAGUGAACUUCAAGAAGCCACCAAUAACUUUGAUAUUGAAAAAGAACUUGGAGAUGGAGGAUUUGGAACUGUCUACUACGGGAAACUCCGUGAUGGGCGGGAAGUUGCGGUCAAGCGCCUAUAUGAGCACAACUACAAACGAGUAGAACAGUUCAUGAAUGAAGUUGAAAUCCUCACACGUUUGCGCCACACAAAUCUUGUCUCCCUUUAUGGGUGUACUUCGCGCCACAGCCGUGAACUUCUCCUCGUUUACGAGUAUAUUCCCAAUGGCACUGUCGCAGAUCAUAUUCAUGGAGAUCGAGCAACACCUGGUUCACUCACAUGGCCUACUCGUAUGAGCAUAGCCAUAGAAACUGCUAAUGCAUUGGCUUACCUCCACGCUUCUGACAUCAUACAUCGCGAUGUGAAGACUAACAACAUUCUCCUCGACAACAAUUUUAGCGUUAAAGUUGCAGAUUUUGGCCUUUCUCGCUUGUUCCCCACUGAUGUCACCCAUGUCUCAACAGCUCCUCAAGGGACACCUGGCUAUGUUGACCCAGAAUAUCACCAAUGUUAUCAGCUUACAAGCAAGAGUGAUGUUUACAGCUUUGGUGUUGUCCUCAUCGAGCUCAUAUCAUCUCUGACAGCUGUUGAUAUAGGUAGGCAUAGGCAUGAAAUUAACUUGGCUAACCUAGCCAUAAACAAGAUUGAAAAGUGUGCAUUCCAUGAGUUGAUCGACCCACAUCUUGGCUUCCAUUCAGAUGAUGAAGUUAAAAGGAUGACCAUUUCAGUGGCAAGCUUGGCUUUUCAAUGUGUACAACAGGACAAGGAACUGAGGCCUUCCAUGGAUGAGGUUCUCAAGGAAUUACAUAAUAUUCGAAAUUGUAAGGAUGUGCCGAAGGAUCAAGAGAAAGCAUAUGAAGAUGCAGGGAUGUUGAAUAUAGACACACAAACUUCACCUGAUUGUGAUGAAGUUGGAUUGUUGAAGACUAAACAGCUGCCACCUUCACCAAAUUGUUUGACUGAUAACUGGACUAGUAGAUCUACCACACCCAUUAGCAGUAAUUAAUUUCUUCUCCAUCCUGUGUAGUUUUUGAGUAGAUGAUAAGCAAAUGUUUAAUACCUACUAUAUCCAAUGCAGAUGAGUGCGUUGGAGUUUCAUUAUCUUCUCAUCUACUUGUUUAAAUGGAGGUCCGUAAUGUUCAUAUUCUAAAGCAAUUUUGUUUCA